CCAUCUUCUGGUAGCAACCGGAUCUGGAAACUUGUUGCGAUUUAACCACUGGCUGAAGCAGCUAGCCGCUAGCUACGUGAGGAAGCCAGUCCAGUUCGUAGCUGAAGCAGAGAAACUGGUGUUGGUUCCACUCUCCAAUGACACGGAUACUCACCGUACAAAAAUGCACCUGGUUAUUGACUGAUAUUCGGUCACCCAGAUUCCCCAACCUUUGUCUCCAACGCAUCGGGGAGCUAACCCUGAUCUGAAAAGCGCAGUAACUUCUCGAUGAUGGAUCCAGAACGCCAGAGGCGAAGAGAAGAGAUCCAGAGGGCAAUGAGCUUUAUCCAGUCGUCGUUGCCCUUUCCUGAACCAGAGAGUUAUGAGGCCUUCCUGAUGCAGUUGGUGUGCAACUUGCUCGACGAGGGGAACUGCUGCUUCCGAGACGGCGACUGGCGUCAGGCGGCUCAGCAGUACGGGGAGGGGGUCAGCGUUGCCCGCUACGCGCAGGCCGAAGCCGUCAUCAUUCCACAUGAGCUGCUGGAGAGCCUCUACGUUAAUCGAGCCGCUGCCUUCUACCAGAUGAGGGAGUAUGAGCGGGGCAUUCAGGACUGUGAGAGCGCACUGUGUGUGUCGGAGGGCAGCCGCAGGGCUUUGUACCGAAAGGCACUCUGCUACAGAGAGCUGGGGCGGCUCAGGGAGGCUUACGAGAGUGGAACCAAAUGUCUGCUGACAGCACCACAUGAUGUGCUGGUCAUCGACCUGGCCCAGGAUCUGGCCAGCAAGUUGGGUCUGAAGGGCCGUAAAGCCUACAUCAGCCCCCAGACCGAGUCAACCGCCACAGAAGGGGAGGGUCUCGGAGAGACUUCCCCGCCCACUGGAGAAAUGUCCUCCAACGGGCUGGAGUCCCUGGGCGACAUGGGACCAGCGGACCUGUCCAACGCGCAGUGCAUCCCCGCACCUCUGGCCACGCCCAUUCCGGUGAGCGACGACCCGACGACCACGGUGGUGACCUCGUGCACGGAGCUGUCAGAGAGCCCCAGCAGCCAGACGCUGCCGCCCAUGCCGUACUCUGUCCCGGUGUCGGAACACAUGGACGAGUGCAGCAGCGUCAUGAAGGACGGACUGGACAGCAUCUUGGACUGCAUGCCAAAAAAAGUUAGUGAGAGUCCGGUUCAAGGUGCCAUCCCCACCAACCUUCCCAACACGGCCGUCGGUCUUCGGCCUCCGUACUCGCCCAGCCUCCCGGCUCCGUCACCCCAGCUCCCCCCGGCCUUCUUCAGCUCCCCCAUCAGCGACAUGCCCCCCAUGGAGCCGUACCCACCAGUGCGGGACCAGGGCUCCACCCAAGCGCAGGACGCACUGGGCAGCUUUUCUACAGGGGCCACAGAUGGCGAAGGGAAAGGAGUCGCUGCCGGAGGGCUGGACUCGCUGUCUGAGUACACGCUACCUGGGGGACGAGUGUGUCACAGCUUCAUCCCUGGAAUGCGCAACCACAGCGCUGGGCACACGAAUGGACCGGGAGGAACCAACCUCUCUCUUCUCUCCAGGAAUCCUCUGGCUGCCACUCACGAGUUUCGCCAGGCUUGUCAUGCCUGCUACAGCCGAAUAGGUCCUCGAGUGAUGGACUACAAGUACCAGCCGGAGGCAGCUCACCGCUGCAAGAGGGAUGUGCUGCUGUGUCGCCUCAGAAACACAGACGACCCCACCUGGAAGAGGAUCCGCCCCAGGCCCGCUCGCAAUAACUUCCUGGGGGCAUUCGUUCUCUGCAAAGAGGUGCAGGAGCGCCAGGAGUGCCAGUACGGGGAGAACUGCACGUUCGCGUACUGCCAGGAAGAGAUCGACGUGUGGACGCAGGAGAGGAAGGGAGCGCUGAGCCGAGAGCUGCUGUUCGACCCGCUGGGCAGCACGGAGAGGCGCGCGCUCAGUGUCACCAGGCUGCUGCAGCUCCACAUGGGCAUGUUCAUGUUCCUCUGUGAGGAAUGUUUUGACAGUAAGCCUCGGAUCAUCAGUAAACGCAGCAAAGAGAACUUGGCGGUCUGCUCAAACCUCACAGCACGGCACCCAUUCGACGAUAACAAGUGCCUGGUCCAUGUGGUGAGGUCAGCCAACGUGCGCUACAGUAAGGUUCGGCCUCUGCACCCGCUCUGCCAGUUCGACAUCUGUCGCCACGAGGUUCGCUACGGCUGCCAGCGCGAGGACAGCUGCUCCUUCGCUCACUCCGUCAUCGAGCUCAAAUGCUGGGUUCUGCAGCAGGACACUGGAAUUACCCAUGAAGAGAUGGUGCAGGAGUCCAAACGACACUGGCAGAGGCUGGAGCAGAACUCCCAGAAGCAGCACAAGCCAAUACACAUAUCCCAUCCGGGCAGCAGCCUACCAGCAGUGGGCAUGGGGGGAAUGGGGGGCCUCGGGGGCGGGGACGGCGUGGUAGCGGGCGGAGUGGGUCCAGUAGGAGGUGUUGGGGUUGGGGGGCUGGUCGGAGGGGCGGGAAGGGGGCGCCCCCUCAACCUGAAAAUGAAGUUCGUCUGUGGCCAGUGCUGGCGAGAAGGUCAGGUCAACGAGCCCGACAAGAACCUCAAGUACUGCACAGCCAAAGCCCGGCACAGCUGGACGAAGGAACGCAGAGUCCUGCUGGUGAAAUCCUUCGAGAAGAAGAAGUGGGUUGUCGUGCGACCUCUGCCCUUCUCACGCUCGUACCCACAGCAAUAUGACAUGUGUGUGCAUGUGAUGAAGCAGAAGAAGUGCCACUACAUCGGGAACUGCUCCUUCGCACACAGCCUGGAGGAGAGGGACGUGUGGACGUACAUGAAGAACAACAACUUGAGAGACAUGCAACAGAUGUAUGAACUGUGGCUGCAGCUCACCAAUCAGAACAGACGGACGGAGAACUCUGCUGUAACUCCGCCCCCUGACGACAAGCAGGUCACCAUAACAGCAGAUUACACAGAAAACCUGGGAGGCCAGCAUCUGUCAGAUGGCGAUGACCUCUGAUGGUCGCUCGUUUUGGAAACGCAUCUGAUCAUCGCUCAGACGGAGACGGCGGCGAGCUGACCCACGACCAGGCGCGGCCGAACCACCCGCCACCCUGCUAGUCGGACAACCUGCGAGACGGCAGCCGGGCGGAGCGCACUUGACGUUCGAACCCCAUGAUCACAUAUUCACACACUCAGACAUUUACACGCAACACACAAACCCACAGGCACCAGUUAUCACGAAGAGAAGGCUUCCGAAGCGAGACCUAAAAGUCGGGCUUUAACGUUUGUUUUGUUUGUUUUUUUGUCUUUCUGCAGGAAUUCCACAGCCUAGUUUUCCUCUAACAGUCUACUUCCCUAAUCUUUAGAGUUUUCUCCCCCUGGCAACUCUUUUCUUCUUCUUAGCACUGAAACGAUUCACAUUCGGCUGCGCUGGUCGCAGUCCGUCAAUCUGCUUUGUUUUUAACGCUGAACCUCCCAGUGCUUCCUAAUGCGAGCUGAAACUGUAAACCACUGGCAAAAAGAGAUAUCAUGUGGACACGCCUCUCUAAACUUCAACAACCAAAUCCUGCUCUCUUUCCUCUACAGGAAUCUAAACGGAGAGAUCAAACUAAAUUUAAAUGUAAAAAUUUUAUUUUAUUUUAUUUUUCUUUCCCAAGGGGAGUUGCGCUUCCUUGUUAAUAUCUGCCAUAUUGGCGGAAAAGUCUGAAUGUAACGCCUGCACAGGCCUUCAAAAAACAAGGAAGCGAGUCGUUUAGGAUGUUAAUGUUGUAGAAUGUAUGUGCGCACACGCCCAGAACAUUUUAGUUUCACAUCGGCUGCUCCUUGCGUCAGAUCACACAGACAUUCAAGUUCCCCUCAAAUAUACACAAGAGAGAUUAAAAUGAAUUUUUGACAACAAAACGUAAAGAAGAAGAAAUUUCGUUCCUAUAAACUGACUGAAGUUGGUGUAGGAGGAACACAGAAAACUUGAUCCAGUUUUAAGCACAUUAAGCAUCCAGUUGCUGGCCUGUUUUUCCAAAUAAAGAUAGCAUAAAUGUUUUCUAUGACUUUCUGGUUCAAGUGUUCAGUUGGAAACUCCUGCAGCCUUCAGUUUGGAAACCUAAUGUUUGUCGUCUGAUCCCCAUAAGCCCCACAUAUUUUCUCCUCAUUCGGUCAGAGAGGGCCUAAGACAUGUAGAGGAUUCGUGCCGCAUACCGUGCCUAAAAACACGCGACACAAACACACACACACACACACGAAAACAGGCAGGAAACGUGUUGCCAUUUUAUUCUAGCCUCUUAAUGUAGACAUGAGAAUAUGUCUUUAUUCAGCUACACGCAUAUUAUACAUACAUAUAAUAUACAUACUACUAAUAAUAAAUGAUAACUUAGCAGUUAAGCUUAAUAAAUAUGUAACCUGGAAAACUUGUAUUGAUUACAUAGAUAAACUUCUUGUUAUUGAGGUUUUGCUAUAUGACUUGUAUCGCCGAAAUAGAUGACUACAGUGUUUUUUUUGUUCUUUUAUUUUGAAAUGUUUUUUUCCUUAACUGUGGGUUGUUCCAGACGGGGUUAGUUAAUUGAAAAUAAAGGUGAAGAUGGUCUACACUGAGAAUAGAGGGCCAGAGACGAGGCCACCUUAUUAAUAUAUAAAUACGGUAAAAGCAGCAUUGAUAAUUGAAGACAUUUUCAUCUAAUUAUCAACUGAAACUCUGUGGAGCUUUAUUUCACGGGUUUAAAGAAGACGAUGCAUGAAAACCGUAGAGUGGAAUGUGAUUAUGUAAAAAAGCAAACAAAAAAAAAAUUGACGGCCUCACACAGCUGCAGAUAAUGUGACUCGACUGCUUUCCGUAAUCCUGCCUCCGUCCGGAACAGCCCAGGUAUUAGCUUCCUUGAGGGGAUCGUAUUACUAUCACUCCUAGUAUUAUGAUGAAUAUGAUGACUAUAAUUAUUGCUAUUCCUAUUUCUCUUCUAUAUGCUAUUGAUAUAUGUAUGUUAAUUGCAAUGUAUACCUUUCUCUUUAUAUAUGUAUCUAUGUACGAAUAUAAUAAUUGACAGUAAUUACGCCUCUGCGCGCCACUGCGGACAGCUCUGUCUACAGUUUGAUCAGUCAAGGAUAGAUCUGGACACAAAGGUGUGCAAAGAGGCUUGUAUACUCCCAUAUAGCGCCUUAUUCGUUAUACUACACCUAUAAGAUACAUACAUACCCCUAUUGUAUAAUCCUACUUACUAUAUACAGUAUAUGAUACCUGAUAACCUAUGAUAAUACUUAGACAUCCUUUAUAAGAUGUUUUAGAUAAGAAACGGUGGCCUGUCUUUUUUUUUUUUUUCUUUUUUUCCUGUGGCUGUGAAAAGUGCUGUGAUCAGAAAAUCGGUUUUAUCUUUCGAAGAUAAAAAGCUCCGAGCCGCACUCUUAACGCUCUUUAUCUUUAACUUCAGCUCGACACACGUCCGUUUCAACAUGAGUCCCAACCAGAACGGUGAGCAGGAACAUUCGUUUUGAAAAUCCCGGCGGUUUAAAUAAAAUGUAAAGCCUGACGGUUACAGGAUUUAUUUUUCUUUUUUGACGUAUGUAUGACUUCAAGCCUCUUUUUAAAAGCUAAAAAAAUAAAUAAUAAUGAUAAUAAAGAAAAGCAUUAAAGGUGA